AGCUUGUCAAUAUACAGUAUCUGGUUUUAUGACAAGAAUGACUGUCAUCGCAUAGCAAAACUCAUGGCUGAUGUGGUAGAAGAGGAAACACGACGAUCACAGCAGGCUGCUCGAGAUAAACAGAGUCCCAGCCAGGCCAAUGGCUGCAGCAACCAGAGGCCCAUCGACAUCCUUGAGAUGCUGAGCAGAGCAAAGGAUGAGUAUGAGAGGAAUCAGAUGGGUGACUCAAAUAUCUCUAGCCCUGGAUUACAACCAAGCACUCAGCUCUCCAAUCUGGGAAGCAUUGAGACUCUGGAAGAGACACCCUCUGGGUCACAAGAUAAGCCUGCUGCAUCUGGACAUAAACAUCUGACAGUGGAAGAGCUGUUUGGAACAUCUUUACCAAAGGAACAGCCAGCAGUUGUGGGUCUAGAUUCAGAAGAAGUGGAGAAACUACCAGAAGACACAUCCCAGAAAGAGCCUAGCUCCUUCCUCCCAUUUCCCUUUGAUCAGUCAGGAGGAGCCCCUCAGUCAGAAAGCCUGGGUGUCCAUUCAGCCACCCACCAUGCUGUCCAGCCUGAAGUCACCACUCCGGUGCUGAUCACUCCAGCUUCCAUCACACAGUCCAGUGAAAAGCAUGCCCCGAGCUACGGCAUCCCCUUGAGUCCUGUUCUCAGUCCCACUCUACCAGCAGAAGUUCCCACCACACAGGUUCCCCCCAGCUUACCUCGAAACAGCACCAUGAUGCAGGCAGUGAAGACUACACCUAGACAGAGGUCUCCACUCCUGAACCAGCCAGUCCCUGAACUAAGCCACACCAGUCUAAUAGCCAGCAAAAGCCCUUUCAGAGCUCCGCGGAGCAUGACAAACACGGCUGCUACAUCCCUCCCAAGCAUUGAUCUUCUCCAGAAACUCAGGUUGACCCCACAGCACGACCAAAUACCAACACAGCCACUUGGGAAAGGUGCAGUGGCACCCGGCUUUUCUCCAGCAGCUGGCCAGCUGGCCACACCUGACAGCUUCAUAGAGCCUCCCUGUAAGGCAGCAGCAGCAAGAACAGCAGCCCCAGCCUCCCUGAGCAACAUGGUGCUUGCUCCCCUCCAGUCUAUGCAGCAAAACCAGGAUCCUGAAGUAUUUGCCCAACCCAAGGUGUUGUCCAGUGCCAUCCCGGUUGCAGGCCCUCCAUUGGUUACCGCAACAACUACUGCAGUAGCUUCAGUCUUGCUGGCCCCAAGUGUUUUCCAGAACACAGCUCCAAGGUCUGCAGACCUUGAGAGGAAAACAGGCCCCCCAUCUCCCCUCACCGUUACAACUCCAGAAAAUCAGAAAAAGCCUUCCAUUAUUCUCAGCAAGUCUCAGCUCCAGGAUACAUUAAUACAUCUAAUAAAGAAUGAUUCCAGCUUCCUUAGUACACUUCAUGAAGUUUACUUGCAGGUUCUGAACAAGAACAAAGACAACCACAACCUAUGACUGCCAUGGAGUAGACCUGGAGGCAAGAAUCAGCCCCACAAAUAGGCUUCAUUAUGGAAACCUGUCUCUGAGUGGAACAUGGAGUUUUGAGAAUCCUGAAAUUGAGCCUAUGAGAAAGAGACUCACGCCUUUGAAUGUUUUUCAAGUGACAUUCUCAGUGAUAAUGGAGGUUUCACUGUGAAGCAUCACCAGCAGACCUUUGUUUUGACAAAAACAAAAAAGAUCGUUAUGUCCUCUGGGUGUUUUCAUAGCUGUGAGAACAUGUGUGACAUAAGGAGUCUGACUUUUCAGUUUGUUUUCACCUUCAAGGACUUGGGGAGAGUGGUCACCAGCCUCGAAGCCAAGCUCAGCCUCAGCAGCAGCCCUAGAAACCCUGGCUGAUGGUCAAGUUCCAAACUAAGCAAGAGCUAGCUCUGCAAAGUAGCUUCACUUUUAAGGAUCAGAGUUCACGUUGAUGAAUUAGGAAUUAUUUGUUCAAGUGAAGUGUAUUUUAUAUGAGCACCCCCAUUUGGGCCUUAAGAGUACUGAAAUUUCCUUGUGUUUUGUUUUAAGUAUCCCCAGUCCCGCCAUGUGGUAGGCCCCAGUGUGGCAUUGCUAUUUGACCAGGGCCUUGCAAGGAGGCUCUUUGGUGAUGUAGGAAGAGGCAUGUGACACCUUUGAGGCUGGGACUGCACAUGCCCAGAUCCUACUAGAAAUCUCCAUUUUAAGUUAAACUCUCCAGUGGUUUUGAAAAUGUUAAGUUUGUGUGUGAAACACAGCCUUAUUUUCCUUUUCUGUCUAAACACAGAAGUCAUUGUUAAUUGUUUUCCUUAACACUUUGACAAAAGGACCAGUGGACCAACCUGACAAAGCCAUUUUGGUUCCAUUCCUCAAGUGUACUGAAAACAGUUUAAAGCUAUGCAGAAAAAGGAGCUGUUAUUCACACUGCCCUUACUUUCUUGUAGAAUGUGGAGUUAAAAAGAAAGCGUGAGAUUCAGAACUUUACCAAUGUAUUUCUAGGCUGUGAAUCCUUUCCCAGCCCAAAGUGUGAAAUAUAUAAAGACGCUUUGUUAUGCUGCUAUUGAUCUGCCAUGAUUUAUACUUAUUCUUUUAUGGCAUGUAAUGAUGUUUAGUAAGAUUUUAAUGUAGAAUUGGAUUUAUUUCAGCAAUAGUAAUUUUAAGAUAUUCUUUGAAUGAGUGUCUUUGUUUCUAUGAUACAGGUCAUUUUGUAGUAUUUAACCUAUUAAGAUGCACUGCUUACUUUUCUGAGCACUAUUUAAUGAUGGGGGAAAAAACCCAAUUGGCUCAACCAGCUAGCAUAAGGAUUAGCUGUGAAUAAUGCUGACAAAUGUGAUGGUUCCUUGGGAACAAUCAUUUAAGCUUUAAUGGUAACUCAGUCGUAAAUCCAUAGAUUUCUUUCUAGCUGAAUUUUUAGAAAAUUACUUAUGAAUUACAUACUUGUUUUAGUUUGGCCUAGGUUUUUAGCAUAAAGAAUACCUUGUUUGGUUGGCUUCUGUAAAUCUGGGCAAGCUUCCUGAACAAUGUUUCUGCUUCUCAAUAUAGUAUAUUCUUUUGUUGUUUACCUAGUUAGAUGUCCAUUGUGCAGAAUUCAGGGAAGCUUGUAAGUUAUAUUCAACUAGGAAUAGUUUGUUUUCAAAGAUAGUAUGUAAAUUCAGCAACCAAAAAUGAACUGCUCAUGCAUCAUCUUGGAAAGAUGAAGUUGUAGUAAGAUUAGGAGUGUGGCUGAUGCCAGGAGAUGGUGUCCAAGGGGCCACGUGGCUGUUCUCAUAAUAUGACAUACCAGUAGGUUUAAUCACACCCAACUAUAGUCUCAGUAGGCUUCAGUAAACAGACAUAUCAAGAGAUGUAUAAUGGACAUUUGAAUUUAAAUGAUGCUUUUGUAUAUGUAUGAUAAUAUGUGAGAUAAAGAGCAAAUAUUCUAAAAAGGGUCCAUAAUCAAAUCUGUUAAUUUUUGCCCUUUAAUUCUAGGGAUGGAUAUAAUAGUUAAAAGAGAAUCUAUGAUAAGACUUCCUUAGUGUGGACAUAAGCUUUUUAAGUGCCCAAGAAAUGGAGACUUGAAAAGGGUCAACCUGUUUCAACUCCCAAAUCUAUAUAUUCAAAGCAUUUACUUAAAAUUCAGAAGCCAGAAGUUGGUGAUCAUGAUUACCAGAAGUUCAGGCCAGCAUGUCUCCAGAGAACCAGGCCAAGCCUGGAUAGUUGCAAUUAUAUGGGCCUGGCCUGAAAGUCACAUUUGGUUGCCUUAUUCCUCAUUCAGGCUUACUAUCCAGAACCUCAUGCUAGUUUAGGCUGCAUGUUUACAUUAUUACAGUAUCUUUACUGGAACCUUCUAAAAUGGAUGCCAAGAUGGAGAUGCUUCUUGCUAGGUUUUACAGCACCUCUGGAGUUCUGCAUUUAGUCCACUCUGUCCAUCUGUGAGCAUCGCCCACACCUUUUGCUCCUGUGGUCCAGGUGUAGGCUCUGGGAGGAGCAGCACACAGCUUGGAGUAUGGUGUGUCUGGGGUGCCCCGGGGGUGGGGGCAUUGCUCUUUUUGUUGUAGUUAAUGUGAGAUGUGAGUGAUGCCUUUGAGUAGAUUCACAUGCCCCUUAUCACCAGUACCUUCCAAACCACUUUGUUCCUCCUUUGUGAUGCAUCUUCCAUAAUUUAUGGGCAUGGACAUUGGCCUGCUUGACUUUGAAUCUUCAAUUUUCAAGUAACCAUCUGUAAGGAGAAGCAUUUCAUGGGGUCUCCAUAUAGGACACCCUCAGCUUCCCUUAGAGUGGUGGUUUUCUUAGAACCUAAGUCAAGAUCCUGGGCCCUUCUCUACAGGAGGAUGCAGACUUAGUUUAGAAUAUGGCUGACAAGGUUUUGCAUGACUAAGCGUUCUAUUUCUGGCCUCUAUUUUCUUGUGGCAAUGAUAAACUCUUAUUGAAUCCAUUACAAGGUAAAUAUUUUAAAUCAUGCAGCUUUCUCUCCUCACUAAGAAUGUAGUUUGGUAUUUUCUUACUUUGUUAGAAGAGGCCAUAACUGCCAUUGUAUUACUAAUAAUGCAACAUGAAAUCGAAGGUGCCUAAUUGCUUAAUAAACAAAAUCAGCCAUCAUACUGUAACUUGGAGAGGAAUGAAAUGAGCACAGGCAGGAGUGGGCUCUGCCCAUGUAGGUAAGGAGGCCUCAAACCCAGGCCCUUGCUGCACAUUUGCUGUAGGGCAUGUGUUUCUUGCCUAAUCUUUGGUUUUCUUCAGUGCUAUUCAGGGUACCUUCUGGAACCAAUAGUGUCAUGUGUUUUCAAGUAUUUAUAAUAUUAAUAUCUGGCGAAGCAGAACAGCUUAAUAGACUUUUUUUAAAGCUGCACUUGAGAACACUUCCAUGAGUGGGCCAGGGCCUCAAGAAGCCUUUUUUUCCCCAGCAGACUUCAGCAGGAGAAAUGUGUGCAAUGUCUUGCUUCAAUUUGGGUUUGACAUCUUUCUUUAAAAUGUUAAAAUGCAAUGUCGAUCACUUUGAAGUGGGAAAAAAUGCAAAGUUGUGUUUCCCUUAGAAAAUGUGUUUUUAAACUAUCUUUUAUUCCAUAUUACUGCUUUGGCCAUGUGACUCUCAUGACUUUCAUUGUACCGGAUUCUCAGCUCCCUGAAACAUGGAGACAAGAAGCUCUGGAAUGACAGCAAGGUUUUCAUUCUAUGAGCACAAUACAGCAUCAUUAACAUUUUUAAUGGUAUGGGUUUUAUACCAUCUGUGUAUGUUUGCAAAUAUUAAGUUAUUACAUGUUUGAAAAUGAGCAUUUUUCAUCCUAAAUUUUAUAUGUUUGCAAAUAUAUUUUUUUAAUAAAAUUUCAAAACCAAG